GACACAGUCUUCUAAAGUAGGGAGCGGCACUGGAAGCAGAUGUGUUGAUCUUUGGGGUCCUCCAGGAUGAACUGCAAGUCCCAUCCUGGCACGAUGCCACUGCUCUUUGCUUUAAUCCUGAGUUUCCAUUUGCAAGGCAUAGCCUCCAGAUGUGUUGACACAGUCUUUGGGGAAGACCUUCAGCCGCUGCCCCCAGGAGUGGAGAGGUGCUCUUUCCCAAGCGGGAUUCUCAAACCGGACAUCUCACCACCUGGAAUGGGAGGCAACAGCAUUGAAGGGGGAGACUCUCGGAUAGUGGGUGGCAGGCCUUCCGCACCUCGACCUUAUGGAGGAGGCUCUUCUGCACCCCAUUCCCAAGAAGACAACCCCUUUCAGUUUGGCAGGCCAAGUAGACCUUGGCAGCCUGGCAACCCCAUGGGGCCUACCUUUGGAGAUCAUGGUCAGGACGGCGGACCAAGACCAUACGAACCUUGGGGUGCUACACAACAUGAUGGCGGCACUCCUGAAAAGUCACCUUCUGGCUUUAUCAUCAGACACAACACUCCUAAUGGCCACCCACGGCCAGCAUGGAAGGAACCUGGUAUCCCUUACAUCCCAACCCCUAAGGAAUGGGGAGGAACCUAUGUCCCAGCUUCAAAGGCACCCCCUAAGGCUAGGCCCAAUGCACCAUAUGGCACUCCAUAUGGUGGUGGCGCAGGUUCCCAUGCUUCAGGCCAACUCUAUGAUGGGGAAUCCAUUGCAUCUGGCCCAAGGGGGAGAGAUGAUGGCAGUUAUGGCCCCAUACCUGAGGCUUUGCAGCCAUGGGAAGAACAGGGGAGGGGCAAUCAGCCUCCUACAAACCCUUGUGUUCCAAAGUGUUAAGGAAGGGAGGUUAGACUCGACUCUGUGUCCUGGAGAUGGGUUGAAUUGGCCUUGGUUUCCUUUCCAUCAUGUUUGGGCAAAGAACUUUAUGGCAGGGAGAUAAAUACGUGUCAGAAUUGAAUAUGAGCACAGCAGGGCCAGUCUUAAAAACUGAGGACCUGGACCUACAAAUUAAAGGCAUUUCUAAGUUUAUUACUAUGGCUGAUAGACUAUUAUACAUUAGAAAGUUUUAUUUUGGCAUUAAGAGUGCCAAUUAAAAUGUGUAGGACUGUUCCAACCUGAGAACUCUCGAGAAGAUAGCCAUGGCAAUGCAAUGUUAGCUGUAUGGAGUAACUCUCCUAAACAGCAUACUUUUUUCCCAGGGGCCUAUACUAGCUCUACAGCUAAGAGGAUGCAGAUUUCUCAAUCUACUUUGAGAAAGGCUCAGCCAUCUUGGCUGGUGAUGAUCAAGUGGCAAUGCCAACAUUUUGCACAGCUGUCCAACACAGAGUGUUGCUCAGAUUGGAUAAUUGCACAUCCUUCACUUCAUAAACAUGAUCUACAGCAGGACUUUCCCUCCAAAUGUAUUAGCCUACAGUUCCCAUCACUUCCACCCUGGAUAUCCCAUAGCCGACCUGCCUAAGGAUUGAUGGGAAUCACAGUCCAACAGACACGAUUAGCAAAAACUCCUAAGCAAGAGUGUGUGGGUGGCUGAGAGGCAAAUUUCAGAAAUAUGAGGUCCCCCUGAGUUAAUCAAGGAGAGAAGCAACUUAGAACUAAGGAGAAACUUCCUGACAAUUAGAGCAAUUACCGUAAUCGGUGGAACAACUUGCCUCCAGAAGUUGUGAAUGCUCCAACACUGGAAAUUUUUAAGAAGAUGUUGGAUAACCAUUUGUCUGAAGUGGUGUAGGGUUUCCUGCCUAAGCAGGAGGUUGAAGACCUCCAAGGUCCUUCUAACUCUUCUCUUCUCUUCUCUUCUCUUCUCUUCUCUUCUCUUCUAUUCUAUUCCAGAGGUGGGUUUCAGCAGGUUCUGACCAUUUCUGGAGAACCGGUAGUGGAAAUUUUGAGUAGUUCGGAGAACCGGUAAUAAAGAUUUUGAGUGGCCCCGCCCUCAUCUAUUCUCUGCCUCCCAAGUCCCAGCUGAUCAGGAGGAAAUGGGGAUUUUGCAGUAACCUUCCCCUGAAUUGGGGAGGGAAUGGAGAUUUUACUGCCAUGCCCACCAAGCCACGCCCACAGAAUUGGUAGUAAAAAAGUUUAAAACCCACCAUUGUUCUAUUCUAUUCUAUUCUGGAUGUAGGGAAGGAAGACAUCCAGAACUAAGAACUGAUACAAGGAUGUCUUUUGUGUCCUUUGGAGCCAGCUUGCCAACAUGUGAAAACCAACCUUUCUAGCUCUGUCAAUCAGGAGACAGAAGAGGAGGAAGGAAGAGAAGGCACAUGGGACAGUGGUGUCUAGGCUUCACCAAACAGGCCAGGAAAUUUGUGAAAUUAGCUGUACAACAUGUAUGUGACAUACAUUUUCAAGCAGUGAUUCUUCUGUGCUUUCUCUCACAUCUUUUAGUGUUAGGAAUAAUUUUGAAAUGAAACUCCAGAUUACAUGCACCUCCGUCUCUGUCUCCUCUUGGUCAGCUCGUAUAUUUCUUCCAACUUAAUGCCAAUAAAGGAGAAUAUUUGUAGUUCAAGGUUGAAAUUAGGGAUCCUUGGGCAUUCUUUGAGCUUGGUUGUUUUCUUGCAGAUGUUUCAUUACCCAAACUAGGUAACAUCAUCAGUGCUGUUUUGGGUAAUGAAACAUCUGACAGAAAACAGCGAAGUUCAGAGAGCACCAAAAACCUAAUGCCCUACUAAUGUGUUGAGACUAAUACUGCCGCUGGAUUCCACAUCUGAAGAUCAGUAGAUUGGAGGAGGCUAGGUUAGGCGAAACCUGGAUGGCUAUCCUAGCUAUCUGUCAGAAGAAGAGCUGUGCAUUCUGGCUCUAAAAAAAUUGCCUUCCUCCCCUCUGCUUUGUGGUUACAGCAUGCUUAUUGUCACUUAUGGUGCCUCAGCCAAAUCAUUCUCCAUCUCAUUUAGAAGUGGAAUGCAGUGGAAAUUAAUCUCUGCCUAUCACUGUUAAUACCCCUGCCCUUUCUUGUGUUAUAUUGUUAUGCCACUGGAAGCCAAGACUUUUGUAUUCUUGAUGGUCCAAUAUUUGUAUUAAAAUAAUCUAUGCUAUA